AAAAUCACAAAGAAAUCCAGCACCAUUUCAUCCAGGAUUGUUAACCAAGAGCGAAUUUCCAAGGCCUGGGCAUCUUCUCUGAUUUUUGCUCUGUGCUCGUGUGCAAAAGAUGUCAGAAAACACAACGGAGAACUCAACUGUCCCUUAUCCAGCUCCUCUAGGUUUGUUCCUGGGUAGCAUUUCACUGAUUACUGUUGUCAUGAAUAUAUUAGUACUAUAUGCUGUGAAAACUGAAAAGAAGCUGCAAACAGUAGGCAACCUAUACAUUGUGAGCCUCUCUAUUGCAGAUCUUAUAGUUGGUGCAGCUGUUAUGCCACUGAAUAUUGUUUAUCUCCUAAGUCCCGUGUGGCCCCUGGGCAUACCAGCCUGUUUGUUCUGGCUGUCAAUGGAUUAUGUGGCUAGUACUGCAUCCAUCUUCAAUCUCUUCAUAUUGUGCAUAGACCGUUACCGUUCAGUUCAGCAACCACUGAGUUAUCUCAAGUAUAGAACAAAAUUGAGAGCAUCCCUAAUGAUUUUGGGGGCUUGGCUGCUGUCUUUCAUGUGGGUCAUCCCAAUUCUAGGCUGGCAUGUUUUUGCUAAUAAAGGGAGAAGGAAAGUGAAGGAAAACAAGUGUGAAACUGAAUUUUCUGAAGUCACCUGGUUUAAACUGUUGACAGCCAUUGUCAAUUUCUACCUGCCCUCUAUCAUCAUGCUAUGGCUCUACUUUAAAAUAUUCAGGACUGUCCGAAGACAUUGUCAGCACCGAGAGCUCAUCAAUGGAUCAUUUCGGUCUUUGUCAGAAAAUAAAAGCAUACAUCAUAGUAAGACAAAGGAUGAGCAAAAGAUUUGCCCCGAAAAGCAAAUCUUAGAUGAGAACGCUCCUCUCGAAGACCACCAGAACUCCCCUCAGCCCAAAAAUAUGGAGGCAAAGCUUCAUUUAGGCAAUACCAACAAAUCUUCAAAGGUUUUUGUUAGCAGGAGCGGCAGCAAAGUUUUCAAAUGGAGCUGUUUCCCUCUCACCACUGCCCAGUCUAAGCCAAGCCUGGAUAAAGCAGGAAAGAAGUAUGUGUGUGCUACAGAGGGCAAUCAGAAUGAAGAGGAGCCAUGCUCACAGGACAGUGACUUGAGCAGUGCAUCAGUCGACCAGACUUCUGCACAGAAGGUUCCCUGUAGAAAUGACUCUAAUCCUAACUCUGAAAGAGCCUGCAGUCCUCAGGGAACAACUGAGGACAAUGAUUUCACAAGACUUACUUAUCUGAAGAAAAUGUGGCAAAGACUGCAUACCCAUUCCAAAAGGCACAUUCAAGGGCUGCACAUGAACAGGGAGAGGAAAGCUGCUAGGCAGUUAGGGGUCAUAAUGGCAGCCUUUAUUUUGUGCUGGAUUCCCUAUUUUGUAGUAUAUAUGAUAAUCCCUGGUCAUGAACAAUUUUUCCAGUUACACAUGUGCACUAUAUGGCUUGGCUAUGUAAACUCCACUUUAAAUCCAUUCCUCUAUCCUCUUUGUAAUGCAAAUUUCAAGAAGACAUUCAAAAAGAUCCUUCACAUUCACUGACAGUUUAUCUUUGGACUGAUUUUUUUGAGCAAAAAAAGAGUUUGUAAGUUCAACCAAACAAAAUAUUCCAGUUUCAAAGGCAAACACUAUGGAUAUGGAUAAAGUAGGUGGCUUUGGAAAACUGUAAUUUACAAACAAGUGUUUGUAAAAGUGCGAAACAGGCAUAUAGAUUUAACGUAUUUGAAGAGGAACUAAUUCAGAUCAGGAAUACUUAAAACUCGGGGCCAGUCUCAGAACUGUUGCACUACUGCACACACUUGACAGUUUGAGAUUUCCUCUUUCAUCAUGUAGAACAAAAACUGAAAAUAUUAAUAGAGAUCUUAAGUGAUUAUGAAAUAUUCAGCUGUGGAAAAGGAAGAACUAGAAUAUGGUUUCUGUGAUUGGCCAAAUGAUUAUGUUUUUCCUUUUUAACUUACUGCUUUAAAUAUGGGAACACAUUGCUUGUGAGGAGAGAUCUCUUGCAAAAGGAGAUAUGUUACAUAGACAAAAAAGAAGCUUCAACUGUUUGAGACAAUCUACCCUAUUUAUUCAUAACUUCCUCCAAUUCAUACACUUUUUUGAAAUGUCAAGUCAUAUUGUAAUAUACUCUACCUCUUCGAUAUCAUGCUUCCUUUAUUUACACCAGUAUCUGUUAACUUCAAUGAAAAAAACAGAAUUUUUAUGUCCUAGAUAUUUUACUAAGACUUCCCAAACUCAACAUACUAUCACUGUCUAUUCAAGAAGGGUAUGUUGUUGUUACUAAACUUGCUGUAUGUAGUAGGUUACGGACAGCAUUUUUUUUUUCUUUCUACAAGCAGGCAAAUAAUCUAAGCAUGCAGUAACAAACUAAUUCAUCCUUAUCUUAUAAUAGGCAAACUCUUCUUAGUAUAACAAGGCAAACUCAUCAGCUUGCAAAACAGGACAUAAAAUAUAUAAAGUACGUUUACCUUUUCUAUACUUUAUAUUUAAUUGCAUCUUAUAAAUCAUGAUGUAAAUGCUGCUACAUAUUUCAGGAGUCACACAGAAUCAUGGGAUAGUUUAUGUUGGAAGGGACCUCAGGAAGUCAUCUAGUACAACCUACCGCUGAAAGCAGGGUUAACUGACAUUAGAUCAGGUUGCUCAGGGCCUUGUCCACAAAUCUAAUAGCAUGCACCUGCGGAGAGCUUCACUCGGAAAAGCUGGAAGGCAGCCUUGACUGAGAGGUUUGCAGCAAAGGUUGAUGCUACCAGUUUUGAGAAUUCACUUGCUCAGCCAUUAGUUUAACUCCUUCUAAGGACAAACAGUAAUAAAUACUCAAAAGUAGACAUGCUCUGUCAUACAGUAGGAAUCAAUCACCACUCUGUAAGUGCAGUUAGGUAUAGUUUUCUUCCCAACCAAAGGAAAAGAACAUAGCUCUUUAGCAAGAGAGUACCCAGUGGCAUAUGUCAAAUGGACUAGCUCUUCAGCAAGUGUACAACUUACCAGUACCAUUACACCAAAAUCAAAGGCAUAUACAGAUUGAGAAGGGGAAAGGAAAUUUGAGGCAGAAGAGAUCUGUGGGGCCUAGUAUUAGUUGACUAUCUCAACACCAGGUACCACCAUGUUUGUGGCACAACAGCAAAGCAUUCCUGUUCUUCUGUGAUGGAACCAAGUGAAAGAAACCUUUUGAGCAGACACUGUGGAGUUUCUGACCUUUGGGGCAACACUGCUAUGAUACUCCCUUUAUGCUGUUUCUUUUAACAAGAAAUACCAGGACCAGAAAACUUCAACAGCC